UCCGGGUAAAUAAACUCGUCAUAAACUUCUCCUUUCAAGAUGGCAGCAGCUAUGGAUGUAGAUACGCCAAGCGGCACAAACAGUGGAGCUAGCAAAAAGCGAUUUGAAGUUAAAAAGUGGAAUGCUGUGGCACUGUGGGCCUGGGACAUCGUGGUGGAUAACUGCGCUAUCUGUCGGAACCACAUCAUGGAUCUCUGUAUAGAGUGCCAGGCCAACCAAGCUUCUGCAACCUCUGAGGAGUGCACUGUAGCCUGGGGUGUCUGCAACCAUGCCUUCCAUUUCCACUGUAUUUCCCGCUGGCUGAAAACCAGACAGGUGUGCCCUCUGGACAACAGGGAGUGGGAGUUUCAGAAAUACGGACACUAGCUGUAUUAUUGCUGACCUGUUUUCUUGGCUACUACAAGUGUCACCUUCUCUGUUCCCUCCCGCUUGUAAGCCUAGUUGUUCUUUUACACCCAUGUCUUUGUUUUGGUAUGUUGUAUGUACACAAAUAAACAUUAAUGUUGUCACAAA